UUUCGUACAUUCACCGUAGGAGGUCUCCGAAGUUGAUACGAAAUUAUUUAUAUACCCGGCUCGUAAAUUUCUAUUAUAUUUUGUGAAUAUUUGGUGUCGAAUAUAAAAGUUCACGAGAUAUGGCCGGUUUACGCUUGAUAAGAACGUAUUCUUCCGACACGGAUGAAGAUGAGGACAAAGAGAAGAAGAAUAUCGCAAAAAAAAACAAGCUAGCUUUACCUGAAAGUAUUUUGUCAUGGAAAGGAGUCUUGCAUCAUGAAGAAGUAACCGAUGAUCCACUGGAUCAUGACGGACGAAUCCGAAGCUUCAAACAUGAGCGUGGCAACUGGGCAACAUUAAUUUACAUAAACUAUGCAGCCAGUGAUUGUCUUCAUACUUGGAUGAACUCGGUAUUGAAAGAACUGCCGGUCAAAGGCGAUAUUAUUUCUAAGCUUCAUAUUAGUCUUAGUCGUACUUUGGUCCUGAAGUUCCAUUGGAUUGAAUCAUUUGCAGAGAACCUGAAGCUACUGUGUCGUAGAUUCAGUCGGUUUACUAUACAACUCACCGAUGUGAGAGUAUAUUGCAAUGAAGAAAAAACUCGUACAUUCCUUGGGAUUUAUUGUCAGAAUGAUGAUGGAAUCUUGAAGUGUCUAACAGAGGCUCUUAAUGGUUUGUUAGCUGAAUAUCAAUUACCAUUGUAUUAUAAGGAUACUUCGUAUCAUAUUAGUUUCUUCUGGUGCCUCGGAGACCAACAAAUGUACCUGAGGAAGAUCCUACCGUCUCUUACUCGCAGUUUAAACGAAUGUUUGGCAGAAAAUAUGGAAGAUAAUUAUAUAAACGUCGACGAGAUACAGUGCAAAAUUGGCAAUAAAUAUUACGCUUUUGAACUAAGAUAACAAAUGUCUCUAAGUUUUAUAUCAGUUAGAUUCAAUAUAUCUGAAUUUCAUUAA